GCAGAAAUCGCAACAGAGAAAUAUGGACUUGAGGCUGGCUUGUUUAAGGCAUUUACCUCAAAGAACGCUGAUGGCAAACUAAGUAGCACGGAGCAGGCGAAGCAGCUUCUCACCCAGUACGGCUCUGCAUACCUAAUCACGUCAAUUUCAUUCGCGGUCGUCUCUUUCGCGGCCUGCUACUUUGCUGUGGACGCGGGUGUGGACGUUGCUGGUCUGCUGGCGAAGAUCGGCAUUCAGGUAUCCGACACGAGCGAGAAGGUGGGCACCUUUGCUCUGGCGUAUGCUGCGCACAAGGCGCUGUCGCCGGUGCGGUUCCCGCCCACGGUCGCUUUGACACCUGUGGUGGCCAAGUACUUGGGCAAGAAGAAGGAUGCUGGCGCACAAGGAGGUGGCAACUAGGGCGCGGCCCUGCGGAGCUGUAAUGACUGGCGCGUUCGAGUUGGAGGCUGUAUUAUAUUCUAAUGACGGAGAAUGGAGCAUGAAUGAGGUUGCGAGUGUGGAUGAGAGCAGUGAG